UUUCCUACUUUCUUCCAUUUUUCUAACUUGUCGCUUAAGUUGACGCCAACUGAAAAGAAAAGCUUCAGCGACUCUGCUAUAGCAAAAGCAAAUCCAAGGAAAUGGCGAGGUACGACAGAGCGAUCACGGUGUUCUCGCCGGACGGUCAUUUGUUCCAAGUGGAAUAUGCUCUAGAAGCCGUCCGCAAAGGCAACGCCGCCGUCGGAGUCCGUGGCACCGACAUCGUCGUGCUCGGUGUCGAGAAAAAAUCCACCGCCAAGCUCCAGGACUCUAGAACGGUUAGGAAGAUUGUGAACUUGGAUGAUCACAUUGCGUUGGCAUGUGCUGGACUCAAAGCAGAUGCUCGCGUUCUCAUAAAUAGGGCUCGGAUUGAAUGUCAAAGCCACAGGCUGACUGUUGAAGAUCCAGUUACUGUCGAGUAUAUCACUCGAUUCAUUGCAGGACUUCAACAGAAGUAUACUCAAAGUGGAGGUGUUAGGCCGUUUGGUCUCUCAACGCUGAUUGUGGGCUUUGAUCCCUAUACUGGUGUACCGUCACUUUAUCAGACAGACCCAUCAGGGACAUUUUCUGCUUGGAAAGCUAAUGCAACUGGGAGAAACUCUAACUCGAUUAGAGAGUUUCUAGAGAAGAACUAUAAGGAAACCUCUGGACAAGAAACCAUUAAGCUUGCAAUUCGUGCUUUGCUUGAGGUUGUUGAGAGUGGGGGAAAGAACAUCGAAGUUGCUGUGAUGACAAAGGAACAUGGUCUGCGGCAGCUUGAUGAGGCUGAAAUUGAUGCCAUUGCAGCUGAGAUUGAAGCAGAGAAGGCAGCAGCUGAGGCUGCAAAGAAGGCCCCUCCAAAAGAAACAUGAAACAGCAAGUGUUGACAUCCUUUUACUUUUCUAUCCUUUUUUUUAGGGGGGGUUGUUUGGGGUUUUUUCUGGUUGACUUUUGAUGUAUUCAGCCCACUUUCACCCGUUUGAGCUUCAUUAUACACAUCAUGGAGUUAUCAUCCAUUGUUGGUAUUUUAUUUGACUUUGGAUAUUUAAAUUAUGAAUUUUCAACACUGUCCCAGACGUUGAAGCUAUUUCUGCAAA